CACACAUAUUUUUUUCUUCCUUCACUCGCGAUUGUUGUUUGUUACUCUCUCUUUUUGUUUAAAGAUGGAAAAAAGUAAACAAGAACUUCGAACAUUAAAUAAACUUGCUUGGGAAAGAGGAAAAGGAGAAGCACCAAAGAACCUCGACAGUAAUAUCAAGAAGAAUACAGCAUUUAUAAAGAAAUGUAAGACAUCGUUAGGAACCGAUUUAAAAACUCAACUCUUGAACGACAUCAACAAACUCAGUCUAGAGAAAUAUAUCUCGGAAAUUGUGGGUAGUGUCUUGGAAGGCAUGUUGAAAUGUAAAACCAGCAUUGAUAUAUCGGCAUGUGUCGAAGUCAUCUCUGCUCUUCAUCAACGUUUCCCAGACACCUUCACCUUACUCUUGUCCUUUCAAUUAGCCAAAGCUCUUCAACCACCUACGAAACAACAUUUAGCCACCCUCAGUGUCGAACAAAAAGAAAAGGAAGAAUCCGCUCGAAUCAUUCGUCAAAGAACCUAUCUACGUAUCGUCUGCGAACUUUGGUUAGUGGGUGUAUUACGUUCUGUUGGCGAUGGUAUACCUUCUUUAUCCUCUGUUAAUGUCGGUGGCGUAGAAACACACCGUGAUGCUGUAGCUGGAUUAAUUAGCGGUGGCACCGCCCCAUCCUCCUCCUCAUCGUUAUCCAAAAAAGCAGCCGUGAAAAAAGAAGAGGGAGGCUUUGUUUACAAGGUCCUUUACGACAUGUUGAAUCAUGAUAUGGAGCAAUACGUGAAUUUACCACUUGUCGCUUCCUUUCUCAAGAAUUAUGGACAGGUCAUCCUAAAUAUCGUGCCUCGAAAGCAACGCGCAGCAUUGGAACAACACGAUGAACAAGUCACUCCCGUAGUAGACCCCGAAUCUGUCGUGACACCCGAUAUCCACGCCUUAUUAACCAACCUAUUCCAGACUUAUUAUAAAAGUGUCGCCAAUCAUCUCUCCAAGAUGCAUAAAGUCAUCAAGAAAAUGGAACGUCAUAACAAUGAAGUCUUGUUUGCUCGUGGUGAGUUAUCCGAAGAAACCAAACAACGUUAUGAAAAGGCCACCAAGGCCUAUGAAAAGAUCCUGAAUCAUACACAGACUUUAUCCGAUGCCUUGGAUAUGGAUAUGCCCGAUCUUCCUGUAGAUGACGGUACAGCAAAGCAAUCCAUUGUUACCAACAGUGGUAAUACGUUUAAUGACGGUAAAGAGAAUUUGGGAAAUGGCAUCUGGGAAGAUGAGGACGCACGCAAGUUUUAUGAAGAUUUACCAGAUCUUCGUAUCCUUGUACCCGAUGUCUUUUUGGACUCCCAACAAUCCAGUACCAAGGAAGAGCAGACCGAUAAAAAGGAAGCCGAAGAGAAACAGGAAGAAGUAGAAGAUAUAGUUGAGGAAGAUGAUUCUCAACUGAAUGAAAUGGAUCCCUCCGAACUUGUAGAUGAAGCAAUUGAAAAUGUAGGCGAAGAUGGCGAAGAAAAUAAACCAACGACACAAAAUGUUCAAUUGGAUGGAUUAUUUGCUCGUUUACCUACAUGUGGUAACCGAGACUUGAUUGACAGUGUUGCUGUUGAUUUUUGUUACAUGAAUAACAAGAAUGCAAGAAAGAGACUCGUCAAGACCUUAUUAAAUGUUCAAAGACAGCGUGUGGAUUUAUUACCUUAUUACUCUCGAUUGAUCGCCACCUUAAAUGUGUAUUUUUCCGAUAUCGGUGAAAUGGUGCUUGCUGCUUUGAUCCAUGAAUUUAAGGGAUUACAACGAAGAAAGACGCAAGAUUUAUUAGAAUCUCGUAUCAAGAAUAUUCGAUACUUGUCUGAACUCACCAAAUUUAAAGUCACUCCAGCACACACGAUUUUCCAUUCGUUCAAAGUAGCGCUGGAUGAUUUCACCAACCAUAAUAUUGAUAUCGUCUGUAACCUUUUGGAAACAUGUGGUCGCUAUUUAUUAAAAUCACCCGAGACAAGUGCUCGUAUGAACGGUAUGUUGGAAACAGUGAUGCGAAAGAAGAAUGUACAACAUUUGGAUAGUCGAUAUGCCUUGAUGGUCGAGAAUGCUUAUUAUCAAGCUAAUCCACCCGAUAAAUCCGCCAUUCAAGUUAAGGAACGAUCCACCAUGGAGCUCUAUAUUCGCAAACUGAUCCAUGAAGACUUGUGCAAGAAGACCUUGGAUAAGAUUUUGAAGCAGUUGCGUAAAUUGCAUUGGGAGGACCCCUCGAUUCGUAAUAUGUUGGCGAAAAUCUUUCAAAAGAUUUGGAAAAUCAAGUUUGGCAAUAUUCAUUUGAUUGCUAUUUUGGCCAGUGGGUUAAAUCGUUACCAUACCGACUUUGGUGUACAGGUGGUGGAUGGCGUGGUGGAAGAAAUUCGAAUCGGGUUAGAACAAAAUAUCUUUAAACACAAUCAGAGAAGAAUCGCUGUAGCUAAAUACUUGGGUGAAUUGUAUAAUUAUCGUAUGAUUGAAUCUCCAUUGAUCUUUGAUACCCUUUAUUCCAUCGUGACGUUUGGUCAUGAAUACGGUAGACCUGGUAGAGAAAGAUACUGUCAGAUUGAUGCACCUCAUGAUUUCUUCCGUAUUCGACUUGUAUGCACUUUACUUGAUACCUGUGGUAUGUGCUUUGAUAGAGGAAGCUCCAAAAAGAAGUUGGAUAACUUUUUGACCUUUUUCCAAAUGUACAUUUUAAGCAAGAAUAAACCACCCAUGGAUGUUGAUUUUAUGAUUACAGAUACGUUAGAAUUACUUCGACCUCAACUUAGUAUUAUUUCAUCCUAUGAAGAAGCCAACGAAGCCGUCGAUCGUAUGCUUCUAGAACAAUUACAAUCUGUCAAGGGAGCGGAUGGUAAAUUACAGGAAGAUGGGUUUGAAGAAAGUGAAGCUUCUGAAUCCUCCAGUGAUGAAGAAGAAGAGGUUGUGGUGAAGGAUGAUAUGGACGAAGAAGAAACCAGUGAUGGAAAUAACGAAACCAAUUUUAAUGAUGAGGAUGAAGAUGUGGUUGUAUUGAAAAACAAGAAGGAUGAACUUUCAAGAGAAGAUGAGGAGGACUUUGAAAGGGAGUUUAGUAAAAUGAUGAGCGAUAGUAUCGAAUCCCGUAAAUUUGAGAAAAAAGCAGCCAUGUUAGAUGUUCCUAUUCCAAUGAAUUUAAGAGGUGCUCAAGAUAGAAGAACCUUGGCUACUAAUAAACCAGAAGCGGGAAAGAUGGCAUUUACGUUGCUAACAAAGAAAGGAAACCGUCAACAAACUAAAAUUAUGGAGGUUCCUUCCGAUUCCGUGCUUGCUGUCAGUACACGUUCCAAACAAGAAGCUGAACGAGAAGAACAGCAGCAAUUAAAACAACUGGUAUUAAACUACGAAGAACGAGAAGAGGCGGCUGCAAGACAAGCUGCUAUUGAAGAACGUGCCAGAUUACGCGGCCAAUUCCGUGGUAAAAAAGUUUUGCAAAUGGGAGGUGGAGGUGGAGGAAAUUACGCUGCUGGAAGUAGUGGUGCUCCUGGCUGGUAAAUAAACAAAAGAAAGAGUUUUUUUUUUUUUUUUUUUUUUUUUUUUUUGUUAUGCAAUUUGAUUC